UCUAGAAGUGCCCAUGACAGUCUGACAGUGCCAGAGCCUGUGCAGUGCCAAACAGGACAAGCCAGAGACACUGAAAGAGCAGCUAGGCAGUACACGCUGUCUAACCCCGCUGAUUAAUUUACGGAGCGCGUUCUAAGGAGACAGUGAACGUGAGCGCGCACUACCAGCUCUGACAUCACAGCCUCAGCAUGGCGGUCAAGUCCACAAAGAGAGCAGAUCCCAAUGAGUUAAGGAACAUAUUUCUGAAGUAUGCCAGUGUUGAGAAAGAUGGAGAGAAUUACAUGACGUCACCUGACUUUGUGCAGAAAUACCUCGGGCUGCACACUGAUUCUAACUUCAACCCUAAAACUGUGGAGCUUCUAGGGGGAGUAGCAGAUCAGACCAAAGAUGGGUUGAUCUCCUUUCAAGAGUUUUUGGCUUUCGAGUCAGUGUUGUGUGCCCCAGAUGCAAUGUUCAUUGUGGCUUAUCAGUUAUUUGAUAAGAGUGGCACCGCAGAAGUCACAUUUGAAAAUGUUAAGGAAAUCUUUGGACAGACCAUGAUUCACCACCAUAUACCUUUCAACUGGGACUGCGAAUUUAUUAGACUACAUUUUGGACACAACAGGAAGAAGCAUCUUUCCUAUUUAGAAUUCACAGAAUUUUUACAGGAGCUGCAACUGGAACAUGCUCGACAAGCAUUUGCCACAAAAGAUAAAAGUAAAACUGGAAUGAUUACAGCAUUGGAUUUCUGUGAUAUUAUGGUUACAAUACGCUCCCAUAUGCUCACCCCAUUUGUUGAAGAAAACUUAGUUUCUGCUGCUGGUGGAACAAUUUCACACCAAGUUAGCUUUUCCUACUUUAAUGCUUUUAACUCCUUGCUGAAUAACAUGGAGCUUGUGAGGAAGAUAUAUAGCACUUUAGCUGGGUCAAGAAAGGACCUUGAAGUUACCAAAGAGGAAUUCGCCCAUUCUGCAAACAAAUUUGGACAGAUCACCCCUCUGGAAACUGAUAUUCUGUUUCAGCUGUCAGAUUUAUUCAAUGCUUCCGGGCGUCUGACUUUGACAGACAUUGAGAGGAUAGCACCACUAGAGGAAGGAGCUUUGCCUUACAACCUGGCUGAACUCCAAAGACAGCAAACCUACAGUGAUAUGGGAAGGCCUAUCUGGCUCCAGGUUGCUGAGUCUGCCUACAGAUUCAGUUUGGGUUCAAUUGCUGGAGCUGUGGGCGCUACUGCAGUCUAUCCCAUUGACCUAGUUAAGACUCGUAUGCAAAAUCAACGAUCGUCAUUUGUUGGAGAAUUGAUGUACAAAAACAGUUUUGACUGUUUUAAGAAGGUUUUACGUUAUGAGGGGUUCUUUGGCCUUUACAGAGGUCUGCUACCACAGCUUGUAGGAGUGGCUCCAGAGAAGGCCAUAAAACUCACGGUUAAUGACUUAGUCAGAGAUAAAUGUACACAGAAAGAUGGCUCUAUUCCAUUACUUGCUGAGAUAUUGGCUGGAGGCUGUGCAGGAGGCUCGCAAGUCAUUUUCACAAAUCCACUGGAGAUUGUAAAGAUUCGUUUACAGGUCGCUGGAGAAAUUACCACAGGCCCCAAAGUCCGUGCCCUCACUGUUCUGCAAGACUUGGGCUUUUUUGGCCUUUAUAAGGGGGCCAAAGCCUGUUUUCUGCGUGACAUCCCAUUCUCAGCCAUCUACUUCCCUGUUUACGCGCACUGCAAGACGCUGUUUGCUGAUGAACAUGGUCAUGUUGGCGCAUUGCAGCUCUUGACAGCUGGUGCUAUUGCCGGGGUACCUGCCGCUUCUCUAGUAACCCCUGCUGAUGUCAUCAAGACAAGACUGCAAGUGGCAGCUCGAGCUGGUCAGACAACAUACAGCGGAGUUACUGACUGCUUUAGGAAGAUUCUGCAAGAAGAAGGAGCAAGGGCAUUCUGGAAAGGGGCUGGAGCUCGAGUAUUCAGAUCUUCACCUCAAUUUGGUGUUACCCUGGUUACCUAUGAACUCCUGCAAAGAUGGCUGCAUGUUGAUUUUGGAGGAAUUAAACCUGCAGGCUCAGAGCCAACUCUAAAAACAAGAAUCUCUGACCUUCCACCAGCAAACCAAGACCACAUCGGUGGUUACAGACUGGCCACUGCAACAUUUGCUGGCAUAGAAAACAAAUUUGGUCUUUACUUGCCAAAAUUUAAGUCUUCUGGCAUGGCUGCUAAUCAGGCAAAACCUUUUGGGACUGUAUAAUCCUGCUUCAACCGUCCAGUCUAAGGGUGCAAUAUAAACAGUAUUUGAAGAAGCAAUGACUAUCUGGUUAAAUGCAUGUGGGUUUAUCUGAAUUACUUGUCCAAUGCUAAAGCUAAUUCUUUAUAAAUGUGUUCAUUGUGGAAAGAGGAAUCACUUGUUUGCACAAAAGAGAUGACUAGCUUUUAAUUCCAGCACAUAGAAUGUAUUAUUACUGUUUAUCUUUGAGGGCCUGUAUUGUUUUCAUAGGCUGCUUACAGCGCUUUGCACUUAUCGUUACUGUACAUAUUGUACAUCUGUACAGAGACAUCACAGCUUAUUUAGAAGAUCUGGUACACUUUUUACAAGAGGUGGGUAAAAUGUACAGGACAUAUUAAAGGAGUUUUAUUAAGGAUAAUGGGAUAAUAUAUAUUAAAUAUUAUUUGAAUUCAUUAUUAAUUUUAUCUUAUUGAUUUAUUUUAUGGAAAUAAAUCAUCAAUAUUU